UGUGAGAUGGGCUGGGAUGUGAAUGGGAGGAUUGCAAGGACAGAGAGGGAAUGGAUGCUGCUGCUGCUGGGACUGAGUGAUGAAGCAAAUGAUAGAAUUAUAGAAGCCAUGAAGGGUUUUCUGGAAAAGAUGUGGUGUGCAAGAAAUAGGGAAUUGGAAGAUUUGUAAUGGAUACUGCUUGUGUUGUUUUAUUUUUACAGGGUGUGCCGAUACGAAAGCCUGACUCUCCAACGGGUCACCUGUACAGCAAGAGCAAGAGCAAACUUGAAAAUGUCCGUCAGCACUGGCAUGGCCAACGGAACCAACAAGCCAGGCUACAUCAACAGCUUUGUGUCCUUUCUGGAGGGCUCAGCAGACCCUGAUGACCCUGCUGCCGUGCCUGGAGAGGAUGAGUUUCUUGAAGAACUGGACAUAAAAAGUGAGAUCAAGGAGGAGAUUGGGUUAGAUCCCCUGGAGGAUGAGAUCACCCCCACAGACCACACCCCGGCCAGUCCCCAAGCCACCGAUGGGGAGAACACUAACAGCUCCGAGGCCACCAGCAUGAGCGAGGCCGGCGACACUUCCCGGGCUGGCCACCGCAACGUAGCACGCCGAGGCAAGCGCAAGAAGGGAACAGCAAGCAGGGAUGCAAACGCGACACCCCCAAGGGAGAACCUUCGCAGAUCCUCCCGCCCAGUCAAGCGUUAUGGUAACAUUGACCCUGAGUCUGAUGGCAUGGCCGACUCAGACCCAGAGUUCCACCUCAGUGACUCAGACGAUGACCCAGACUUCAAUCCAGUUGAUAAGAAGACCAACGCAGCAAGUGACGAAGAGGAGGAGCUGCCGCGCCGAGGGAGGGGCCGCGGCAGGGGGGGCCUCGUACACAGAGGCCGGGGCCGGGGGAUCAAGAGACCAGCCGAGAGAGAGACUCCCACUGCUACAAGUAAGACGUCUUCUCCCGUCUCCUCUCCUCCCACUCCAAAGAGAAGAGGUCGUCCUCCAACCUACCAGCCCGUCAAGGUGCUGCCUGUCACAGAGAGCAGUGAAGGAAACACUGCCACAGACACCACCACUUCAAACAACACAACAAGUCCAGUAAGUGUGAACAAAGGCCCCACUCAGCUCAGCUCUGCCUACAACUAUGCCGGAGGCCGGGCACAGCGGCAGCAGACCCAGAUCAUGGUGCCGGAGGGGCCCCAGCUGACGGCUGAGCAGCUGGAGAUAGUGGAGUCUCAGUUCAAGAGUGGCGACUUUGUGAUGGCAAAGAAGGACAUGGAGUUGAUGGAGAACCCACCCAUAUGGAGAAUCGAUGGGAAGUCCCUCCUGCAGAAGUUCCAGGCAUUUGAGAAGGAUGGGAAGAUUCUCUACAGGAACAUAUCAACAUACUCUGGGUGGACCCCCCAGGCCAAGACCCUGUACCUGGGGGUGAGGGUCACCUUCGUGUUCCAGUCUCGCUACGACACAGUGGUGCAGAUGCUCGGCUUCAAGCCCGAGGGGGAGGGCGAUGAUGACGACGAAGAUGAGGAGGCGGCCGACAACCCCAAGGCUGACAGCGGCAAGCAGCCUUGGUCUGCUGCCAAGACUUCACAACAUGACUUUGAGAUCCCUGAGGAGCUGCGGUCACACAUGAGGAACUUUGAGGUAUACCUGCAGACGCUCAUCUCCCAGGCCCUCGACAACAACUUCCUGGUGGAGAUUUAUGAAGAGAAAGAUGCUUACUUUGUGGACAGUGUUGAAGUCAUUGAUGAAUUGGCUGAGGAGAGAAAAAAGAAGAUCCUUGAAAUAGUGAAAUGGAAUGAUCAGUUUAAGAAAUCCUUGGACACGUGGCCGUGCGUCAACGUGAUGGUCAGGACUGCCAAGACAGCAGAGAAGUGCAGGGCCUGCCAAAAGUCUGCCUCCGUCAAGCUCCUGCAGCUGUACGGUCAGCCAUACAACAACCAGACCCUCCACUCCAGGGAGCCGCUGCCCUCAGAGAGCGACACCAAGAACUAUGAUGUGUGUGACACCUGCUCCAACAUCUCUCAGAUCUACAAUAAAGUGUGUCACCAAAAGUAUGACUACUACUCUCAGUGCAAGUCCAAGGUGACCAACAUGAGGGUAGCUGACCCACAGAAGGCCACCACCACCAUCCUGCAGGACCUGUUGGCCAACGAUCACUGGAUCACCACGCUGUUCCGCUCAAUGUGCACAACCUUCAUCAAGGUGGACAGACAGCACCAGAAUGAGAAGGAGGAGGAGAAGAAGGGGGAGGAGACGGCUGCUGCGUGAUGAGUGGUGGGGGUGUCAGUGAAGUGUGCACAGGACAAGCAGCGUUGCCUCAGGCGGGGGUGUACACCUCAGUUAAGCUCCUGUUAAUGUUUUCUUGGUCCUCCAGACGGGGAGACUUACUAAGUAGUGAAGCGAUACACUCCCCACCACGGGGACACAACACACAGUUACACUACCACUGUCACUUAACUUAGUGUUUGAAAGAGUCUUAAAAUAUAACUAAAGUUAUUUCAACAGAUGCUUGUAUUCUUGCUUUGUUAUAACUUAUAGAAGAAACUUUUGAUUGUUAAGGAAGAAGCAUAGUAUUUUUACAAAGUUCAGCAUAACCAUAGAGGAUCCUCAUCAAAGAAAGUUGCGUUUGGGAAAAAAGUGAAGUAUUGGCGCAGCGUAACUUGUUUUGUGAACACAUUGGUGAGUCUUGGUGGAGGACACACUGAAGGUCUUAGCUUGGCACAAUGAGUUAAUUGAUCCCUUUCUUUCACUUGUUCCCAGUAGGGUUGCCACAGCAGAUCACCUGUUUCAAUCUCUUCCUGUCCUCUGCAUAUUCAUUCAUCCAGAUUAGUUAAGGGAAGGUCAUCAGCUUAAAUGAGAAGUCUUUGACCCCCAACUUAAGUGUAAUGAUAUGGAGUUAUGAAAAGUGUGAGUCUUGACUUAAAUUUUAAUGAUAUGGAAUAACAAGAAGUCUGUAAGCCUCAACUUAGUGUAAUGAUAUGGAGUUAACUUCUCAAAUCCAUUGUCCUUCUGACCAAAGAUGAAAUUCUUUUUGGGUUUUGGAUGGUUCCAGCCUUGACACAGUACAAUAAAUAUCAUGAAUCUUGUCAUGUAUGGGUUACAGAAAUAUUUUACAUGUUAAAUCAGUGUAGACAAUAAUUGUGGUCAUGUAUUGGAUAAAUGUACUAUCCUAGCUUUUAACGUUUGACUUCCAGUUUUAUUAAGGAGAUAGUAAGUGAACUGAGUUUUAUUUGAGCUGCCCGUGCAUCUCGUAAUGACAUUCUGAAGCACUACGUCAUCUCUGUUGGGGUUAGAGAGAGUGACUAGGCACCAGCGUCAGGUGCCAAGACAUACAACUCCAAUAGAGAAGGAAGUUUAUAUACAACAGUACUUGUUCCAUGUUUUAGAAGUACCAGUAUUUGUUUAUGCAGGAUUGCCCCAAGAGACUGCCAGUCACAUGUUUUUAUCAGUGCAGGAUCAGUCAUGGUCCACAAACCUUGACUACUUCAUCAAACUCCUUCCUUUUGUUGUGUUGUGGUUGCAUUGUUGCUUGUAAACUUGACUUGGUACUCCCUCUGUGUAUGGCAAGUCACACAUUGGGCAGGGAGAGAGUGGAGGGAGUGGGCAAGGAGAGUGACUUGCUGCAUGGAAGGGGCUAAAGAGUCAAAAUAUAAUAGCAAGAUGGAUUAAUCAUGUUGUCCCUCACCUACGUACAUGUGAUCUAGUGCAAAGUAGCAAUAGAAGUUUUAAUAUUUUACACUUAUUCAUGCCUUCAUUCUCACUUUUUAGCCCACAUUUGUUUAUGAGGUAAUUAUAAAUAUAUGAAAAUGCAAAGAAAGUGUUUGCUCGUCGAUGUGCCGCCGGUAGACCGGCGGUCUGCUGCUGGUAGGCCGGCGGUCUACCGCCGACUGACCUGCUGCAGUCGCCGGUCGUAGAAAUCGAAAAUCGUAUAUGGUCGCUGGUCUACCGCAGGCAGACUGGCAGUGAGCAGCCGGUCCCGGGAUUAUUGCCUAUUUUGUCAGCGGUCAGGCCCUGAUCGGCUUAUCAGGAGUCAUCGGGGACGAUCAGGACCGGGACCGGGAAUGUGUGAGAGGCCCUUUACUGUCAGUUUUCUGUUCUAAUGUGUCAGCUGAGGCAUCUGGAGGAGAGGGGUGUAAGGGACUUUUUUUUUUUUUUUUUUUUUUUUUUUCUCCCACUGGGAGGAACAAGAAAAAGUUGCAAGGGAAAAGUGACCUUGUAUUUUUUCACCAAGGGCCACUUUUCCCAUGCAACUUGUAUCUUAUUCUUCCAGUGGUGUAGCCUGCCAUUCCUAGUGCAGACUAGAAGAAAUGGAUUUUGUUCUUUAUGCUGCCUCCCUGGAUGCCUAAACUGUUCUCUUUGCUCCUUGGGAGAGACUGUCUAUCUUAAGACACGCCACAGAUUUUAUUUAGUGUUUCUUAACUUUUGUAGCUCCUCAUGUCAUGCCUUCACUUUCCACUCCAUCUCCAUCACGACCCUCCUAUCCCAUCACUCUUGUUAAUUAUGUCUUGUGUGGUUUCCAUGAGGAUGCUGACCCCUCCUGGGCAGGAGGGUGUUGAGUGCCCUUGGUUCUAGUGCUCUGAAUGGAGGCAUGCAUUACUAAAGGGCACAGCCCCCCCCCCCUUAUACAUACGAGAAAUGCCAGCAUAGUUUCAUUAACAUUCAACGGUAAAUAAUUUCACAGUUGACCAUAUUUUGACUUCUCACACACUAUUUCUAGAAUGGCACAAGUGACAGCCUGCUUGGGGAAAAAAUUUGUAGUGUUGAGAACUGGGUUGAUGGUUGUGACCUCUGUGCCCUUGGUGUGCCUCAGUUCAGUAACUCACUUAUUUGGUUGCCAGAUUUGCAUUGUUUUCCAAUAUGAUUGGCAAACAAUAUGGUCGACUUUGCCAACGUUGUAACAUUUUCUGAGAUUUACUUCUUUAUUUGAGUUGGGAGGAUCCUGUUUAUUUCCUUUUCUUCCUGUGCAAUAUGAGAAAUAUGCUCUUUCCCUCAUUUCUGCCUCAUAGGGACUUCUGUAACUUUAGUCUCCAAGUUUAAGUUAUCAUCAUUUCAUGCAUCCACCAUCCUCAUACAGUUCUCAGCCAUCCUUUUCAUCUCUACCUACCACAUUUAACACUCCAGUAAUUCACUUCCUCAGUUUUGGUAGUAUGGCAAACUUGUACUAGUUUUCAGUACUUUCACCUAUUUUCUUCACUUAACAGCCUUAUUUUGGAUAAGUAAUUAGUUGGAUCUGAAUCUUGCAGUGCAUAAACCUUGUAAAAAUGGUACAGUGAAAGUCAGUAAUUCUAAACAGCAGGGGGGUCAUCCAGAUUUAGGAUCAUUUUAUCUUUUUCUGCAUAUUAGAAUAACCUGCCUUCAUAAAUUUGGGCUAUUGGAAUUUUUAGACUGGUGGAAUUAGAGGACUUUUACUGUAUAAUAGUUUUGUAAAAAGAUAGUUAAAGCUGUUGGUUCUGAUUGUCAUUUAUAUUUUAAUAUUAAUAUUAUUGUGGCAGCCUCCACACAGCUGGACCAGCCUGGCACAGGCUGUGUGGUGGCCGCCUCCGUGGCACGGCUGGUGGGACAACAAUGGUGUGACUGGCUUCUCUCUGGGUAUAAAUUUGUUUUAUGUCAAUCCUUAUAGAAAUUAGUUACUGUAUUAUUAUUAUUGCAUAUGGAAACUUAUUUUUUUAUACAUUUAAAACAAAUUUAAGUAUACUACUUUUGUUAAAACAGAUCUGUACUUUCUUUUACCUUGAUUGAAGAGUGACACCAAUGACUCCUGUUUUACAAUGUAGCCGUUAAUGACCCGGAAAAAUGGCUCUAAAUUGUAAAUUUAAACAUUCAAUACUGUUGCUUCAUGGCCAUACUGUGAAACCAAAGCUUCCUUUAAUAAUGUCAAGGUCACAUUUUUUAUAAACUGACAGCUCAUCAGUCAGGGAACUGCAAUAAGAGAUGAGCCAGAACAGUUCAAGGUGGCCAAUAAGAAAUUUGGGGAGGAUAAGGAUGACCACACAAUGGGAAUUAAUUAAAUUAACUUAUUUAAUCAGCAGAUGCCUCAGAAACCACCAUAGUUUUGGAUGGUCUGGCACCUUAUGAGCUGACACAUGUUAAGGUUGAACACUUCGAGAUGACCCUCACAAGAGAAUAGGAGGGGGAGAGGCAGACACUGGACUCUUGAAUACAGUCUGGAGCAUGAAGAGGAGGGAUUUUUUGAGGUGAAAGACUGAAGAUAGAAGGAGCGUGACUAAGCUUAAAAAGAUACAUUUUAUGUAAUAUGAACUUUAGCCCCCAGUUACCCAUGGAAUGGCCUGCAAGCAACGGUGACAGGUGCCAACAACAUACGAUUUUUGCUUAAAGAAAGACAAUAGAAAUAAAAUACAGGUCAGAAUGAGCACAGCUCAAGUCCUGGAAACGUAUUAGUGUGAGGGAUGAGUGACCCCCCAGUAAAAUAUGUCACACUGCAUAUACACAUACAAUUAAUUCCAUUGUACUAAACAAUUACAAUGUCAAAGUGGACACUAGGACAUUACAGUAUAAUAUGAAGUGGCACUUUUAUUGCCCACACCAAGAGUUGUGCAAGUAGCCUCGCAUCCUCCAACAGAAUAGGUGCUAAAAUGUCUGGUACACCUCUCCUCAGUGCCUAAGGAGACAUGACCUGCAGAUUAUAGGAUGAACAUGUGUGGCUGUGAUUUACCUUGCAUUAUCUCCUGUUUGUAGCAUGCAGGAUUUGAGCUGUGCUCAUUCUCACCUGAAUAUUGUUUCUGUACAAUCUCAUUAAGUAAAUAUCAUAUGUUGUUAGCACCUGCCACCUUCGCUUGCAGGCCAUUCCACACCUAACUGGGGCUAUAUUUCAUAUAUAAAAUACAUCCUUCUUUAGCUUAUAGUCAUGCUCCAUCUCUCCUGUCUUUCACCUCAAAGAAUUCACCAGCACCAUAUCAUUAUUAACAGUGAUAUUAUUUGUAAACUAAAAUGUUGUAGACUGUUCAUAAUCCCUACUAAACUACAAUGAUGCCAAUGUUUUCUGCACCAUCAGGGUGGAGCUUCUGUGUCUGGAAAUAGGUCAUAGUGUGAGGAGGGAUUCCCCAGCAACAUGGGACACACUGCAUAGUCACAUACAAUUCCUAAACAAACAGUAGGCUAGGCUGCCUUUUAGCACCCCAUGUAUGUAUGUGUACAUACUUUGUACAUUUGAUUUAUAUUUAUGAAGGUUUGAACAUUGUCAUCAACUGUGGCCUCAUCUCUGCUGAGGUUGAGGUCUUUCACUCAUCAUCCACGGCAUCUCAUAACUACUUCACUUCCUCGCAGGUAGUCUUGUUUCAAAAGCUAUUUGUUUUCAUGAAAACAUUAUUCAUGACAGCUUCAGGGUUUAAAAGGUUACUCCUGUCAUUCACAAUGAGGUACAAUUAGUGAUAUAAUUCUUCAGGGGACAAAAAUGGUUUGUAUUCAAAUGAAAGUUUUGUAGUUUCAAGUUGAGCCGACACAACAAAGACUAAUGACUUUUCUUUGUUGAUUCUGUACUUUUAUUUUUACUGCAUUUAAACAGUUGGUCCUUAGUGCUAAACACAGAGGGUGUCGGGUAGUGAUGGAAAAGUACCAGGGAAGGGAUGUCGGCCCUUUCAUUAUGGCAUGCAAGGAGACAUUCUGGGUCACUGUCUAAUGUGUUAUAAUUACAGUGGAUGGCAAUACAAAAGAUAUCUAUUUUAUGCAUGAAGACUCAAGCCAUUAUGCAGAAAAUACUAUGGAGGAGCUAGGCCAGGCAUCCAGUCGUCUGUGAUCUGCACCCAUGCCUGUCUGUCUCUGUGCUUCUCUUCCCUUAAAUGUUGCACAGUCUCAAAAGUUCAGUAAGUUGACCUUAAAAACAUUUGAUGCACACUAGAGAUGGAUGCUGAGGCAGGCCCAUGUACGGACACAGAUGACGGGUCACAGAGCACUGGAUGCCUGGCCAGCGUACCUAACUUGUGAGUGCAAUCACUGUUCUGGCUGGCUGUAACAAAGCUGAUACUGAAGGGAUCACAUGAAGCUGAACUUGUGCAUGAGCUGGAGGACCAAGAAACAUGUUACAUGUUAUGGAGAAUAGAUUUUUCAUGGUAGUCAAAUUUGUCAUUAAUGCAUAUUAUUUCCUUUGACCAAAGUGAAGAGUGCCCCACCUAAGAAUAAAAAUGUUUUAUAUUA